AGGUACGCUCCUGGCCUCUCGCUCCCGCCGGAUUCCUCGGGCUUCUACUCGCGCGUCUCCAUCUCUCUCCCCCCUGCGCCAUGGCCAACUCGGGCUUGCAGCUGCUGGGGUUUGCGUUGUCGCUGCUGGGCUGGAUCGCCGCGCUGGCGGCCACCUGUAUGCCCCAGUGGCAAAUGUCUUCCUUCUCCGGGGCGAACAUCAUCACCGCGCAAGCCUUCUACAGGGGCCUCUGGAUGGAGUGUGUUUAUCAGAGCACGGGCCAGAUGCAAUGCAAGAACUACGACUCCAUCCUCAGCCUCGACUGUGAGUAGCCAGGCGGACUACAUUGCUUUUUUGGGAGGGAGCGGGGUGGGGUUUUUGGAAAGGGAGAAGCUGGAGGGUCCUGCCCUCCACUUCAGAGCAGGACCUUGUUCAAGGGGGGUGGGAAUAAAUCUAUUUAUUCCAUAGUAAAGGAGGACAUAAUAUUCCCCCUUCUUUCCUGAUGCGCUUUUCUAUCCAAGGCGCGCCAAGCGGUGCGCGCGGUUCUGCUCCCCAUUUCAUCCUCGCUACAGCCCCCCUGUGAAGGAGGUGAGGCUGAGAGAGGGCGGUGCCCCCCCCGGUCAUCGUCCCCCCCCCCCGCACCAGGUCAUCGCCCCCACUUCAUGCCUAGUGACCGGAAUUCGAACCCAGAUCCGGCGCACUAAUCCUUGCGCAACGCUGGUUUGGUUAUUUCUGUAUUACCCGCCCUUCGCCCUGAGGUCCCGGGGAGGGUCUUGCGGCGUUAAAAUGGAAAACCGUGAUGAAAAACGGCUUGCUUACGAGUAGGAGGGUUAGCAAAAGGAAAUUGGGGGCCGAGAUGGGGAGGAGAGAGAGCCAGGUGGUGUUUUUUCUUGGGAUGUGUGUCAGGAAAGGAGCGGUUUUUUUGGAGAUGUGGGUCACACCAUGAAAAGAGGAGUUUGUAAGUUCCAGCUGUGGGGAGAUGGGGGUUUCUUUGGGGGGGGGCAAGGAGCAGUUGAUGGGAAGAGAUACGUUUUUAGGGAAUGUGGGGCUUUCUUAACCGCAAGGAAAGCGCAAGGUUGUGAGAUGAGCGGGAAGGGCGCCGUUGUGGGUCAGGUGUGGGGCGUGUUUGGCCUUUGGCAGAAAAGGAGGGGCAGUUUGCAGUGGGGUUUGAAGGGCAGGAAAGAGGGUGGGGCAGGGGGGUCAAGUUGGGGUGACCCAGGUUGAGGAAGAAAGUCUUUGGGGCAACAGACUUAGCUCUCCACAAAAUUACAUUUUGUGGCCACUCCCCAAGCCUUGAAGGUGUUUUAUUUUCAUAUAUUUUUAUAUCCUGCCAUCGUCGCAAGCUCUCAGGGCGGUUUGCAGUUUGAGAAGUUGAAUUCGGUGCUUGGAGGGCAGAGAUCGAGAGCAGCUGGCGUCCAUUUUCUUCCUGCAAAAAGAAAAAAAGGCCCUUUACCUGCUCGAUUCUUCGUUGCCCUUUCGCCCCCUUGGCUACUGAUUAACUCAAACUGUCGCCUUCCCCAUCCCACACUACAGGGAACAGGGAGCCCCAUCCCAGGCCAGGAACGCUCCCCGCGAGGAACACACAGAAAUAAUUUUGGCCUUGUCUGGAAACUUCCCUCGCUCCCUUUCUUUAGAUAUUUGGAGUGUGGGUUGUGGCCUCCUCCCAGCCACAAAACCCCCAAGCAUCUACUUUGGCCCUUUGGGGUCCCUGCCCACAUCUUCCUUUGCAAAUGUUCUCUGUUCCUUCGGACCGCAGCCUGAAUUUUCUCCUGCCCAGACCUUUCUGCUUGUCUUUCCCUUUAGUUGUUGCGAAAGGAAGAUUUGGGGAGAGGGGUGGGCAAAAGAAACAGCCCCCAAUCCCCAAGGAGACAGACAGACAGCCAGCGAGAAAAGCACCCUCCUUUAAAUUCCUCCCUCCCAUCCGGAUAUUUGGGUGGCUAGGUUGACUGGGUUUUACAGGCUUUUAGGAGACAAACGGAAAUGUAUUUGCUCAUCUUCUGGAAAGCCCUUUCUCUAAUCCUGUCGAUUAGUUGUGUUUGACAAGCAGGAACUGAUUUCUCCUUUCACAUUCAAAAUGGUUCUUGGGCCCAAGAUCCGGGUUCAAAUCAAGCCUUUUAUAAAUUUAAGACCCCAAAACUUUAUUUUUCCCUUUUUUUUUUUUUGCAACGUAUAGUAAAGAUUAGAAAAGCAAAGAACACCCAGAAGGCCAGUUUUGUAUUUAUAACAUUGUGUUUACGGGAGACACAUUUUUGUUAUCCCCGCUUCCAGCCAAAUCCUCCGAUUUUAUACCUUGGAAUCCCUAAAUUAGUAACUGGUGUGUCUUUCCCAGCUGUAUAGUGGAAGGGACGGAUUUUCAGCCUUACCUGAUUUUACAGCCCUGUUAAGCCCCGUGGGACUAUGAAUCGUCUUAAACCGGGAUUAAAUGCAGUGCAAACUGAAUUAUGGGCGGGCAGGGAAAAAGGAAGCUAUCGAGGGGGAAGAAGUUGUUAAAUCUCUGUUUAGACAACUGGGCCACAAUGAUCGCACCACCCCUCCUUCCCCAAACAGAAAGAGGGUGGAGAUCUCCACAUCUUGUUUUGUGUGUUUUUUUAAAUUGUGUGUUAGAAACACCAACACUAAAUCUUUUUAUUCCCUUUCUCCUUCUUCUGUGUGUCCUCUUUUUGCAAACCCGUUGCUUUCACUUCUUUUAAAAAAACCCACCACCCACUUCAAAACUCUCCUUCGCUUAUUUCUUCCUUUUCUGCCAAAAUUCUCUUCCUGAAACCACCUGGACUGGUUGGGUCACUUUUCUGGGUUUUUUCCCCCUCUCUCAAGCCACACCUUUCGGGUGAAGAAUGACAAAAGGCCAGUUCUCUUGUCACCACCUGCCGCUUCGCGGCCCUCCCAGAUCUCUUUGACCUUGUUUUUAAAAAUAAAAGAGAUAGGUGGAGCAGGAAAGGGGGAAUUUAUUUUAUGGUCCGUAUCCAUGGCUGCCUUUUGGAGUUUGAUAGGUCUCUGCCCUCAAGGCGCUUACAGUUUAAAACAGGCUGGGUGGAAGAGGCUUUCCUUCUGUGCUAAACGCCCUACAGAAGACAGUGCAAGGGUUUUUAAGUCCAGAUUUCUGAGGACAUACAAUAUAUAAUAAAUAUUACAUUCAUGAAUGGCCAUCUGUCAUGGAUGCUUUAGCUGAGAUUCCAGCAUUGCAGAGGGUUGUCUCUAGAUGACUGUCGGGGUCUUUUCCAACUCUACGAUUUUAUUAUAUAAUAUACGCAGAGAUUCUGAAUUUGGCAUAAACUGUGUCUAUAGCCAACAAGCAGAGCAGGGAGUUGAGAAGGAGGAAGUGUUGAAGGCGGCGUUGAAAUAUUCCAUAAACGAGGGGCAGAUUUGAACCACAAUACCUUUAAAGCACAUUUGAAUCUCCUUUCUGUCCCUCAAACAAUUCUGGGCUCUGUGGUUUCAGGGGCUGCUGAGAAUUAUAACCUUGUCAGGGGCAAACUACAGUUCCCCGAAUUCUUUGAGGGAAAGAAUGUACUAUAAAGCUAUAGCAUAUGGUUACAGGGUGGGUUUCCCCACCCUUUUAAAGAGAGAUUUGGGAGGAAGAAUGGCUCCCGCCUGCUGGCUUUCAUGGUCAUCGUCGUCGUCAUCCUCCUAAGGGAUCUGGUUGGGAAAUGAUUCUGGCGAGAGACGCCUUGCGCUUUGAAUGUCCCUGGAAAUCAAUAGUGAUUCAGGGCUGUGUGUUUCCUGGCUCAAAAUGGCUUCCAUCUCGGAGUCGAGAUUCCACUCUGGCCCUGUUUCCCUCCUGCCUGCUGGAGCUCGCCCUCCCCACACAUCGCACCCCACCCCAAAUGUGCAUCUCGUUCCCGUCUGUUCUUGGGGGGAGCAUCUUUCAUACCGGUUUGCCCUGGGGACAACAACUCCCAUCAGCCCCCAGAAUGCGGCAGCCAGACUGGUGACUGGGAGCGGCCGCCGGGACCACAUAACACCGGUCCUGAAAGACCUGCAUUGGCUCCCAGGACGUUUCCAAGCACAAUUCAAAGUGUUGGUGCUGACCUUGAAAGCCCUAAAUGGCCUCAAAGGCCCAGUGGACCUGAAGGAGCGUCUCCACCCCCAUUGUUCAGCCCAGACACUGAGGUCCAGCUCUGAGGGCCUUCUGGCGGUUCCCUCCCUGCGAGAAGUGAGGUUGCAGGGAACCAGACAGAGGGCCUUCUCGGUAGUGGCACCCGCCCUGUGGAACUCCCUCCCACCAGAUGUCAAGGAAAUAAGCAGCUAUCCUAUCUUUAAAAGACAUCUGAAGGCAGCCCUGUUUAGGGAAGUUUUUAAUAUUUAAGGCUGUUUUUAACACUUGAUUGGGAGCUGCCCAGAGUGGCUGGGGAGUCUGAGCCAUAUGGGCGGAGUAUAAAUAAUAAAUUAUUAUUAUUAUUAUUAUUAUUAUUAUUAUUAUUAUUAUUACAUGCUAGCUGAGGCUCAAGGGAUUCGUGGUCCAGAACAGCUGGGGGUGCCACUGCUUUUAGGAGCACUUGCCUUCAGAAUUAAUGGUUACUGGCCCCUUGUUCUCUUCUGUGAAACCAUUGUUUCUUGUUCGAAGAUUGCCAUGGAAUUACAGACUUGUAGACUCAGAAGGGACCAGCGGGGUCAUCCAGUCCACCCCCGUGACGCGCAGGAAUCUUUCGCCCGACGUGGGGCUUGAACCCACGACCCCGAGGUUCUCAUGUUCUACCAGUCGACUGAGAGGAGCAGGGUGCGGCCUCCUUCGCUUUCGAAGGAGCCAGCGGGUAGCUUGGCAGAUAUCUGAAGCUGGGCACCUGAAACAUCUCAUUAUAUGAAGUGUUAGAAACUUAGGUGUGCCCCAAAUGGCUCCUUAAACCAGGGUGGCAGACACCAAAACAGAACGCCCAUUUGCCAUUUUGGGGUCAGAAGGCUCAAAAGUCGUAUUUAAUCAAUAUGGCUUUUUGCUUCCUGAAAUCUGUUCGGAUUGUGCAGGUAAAAUAUGACAGAUGAGGUAUUGCUAGUGUGUAGAAUCUAAGGAUUCACAGAUGGUGGAGAUGUCAGGAUGGCAACCGGGCAUCUUCACUUGGUCGCAAGUGGCCGAUAGCCAGGUGCAAAAUGUGCCUAAAAAGGUAAAGGGACCCCUAACCAUUAGGUCCAGUCGUGGCCGACUCUGGGGUUGCGGUGCUCAUCUCACUUUAUUGGCCGAGGGAGCCGGUGUACAGCUUCCGGAUCAUGUGGCCAGCAUGACUAAUCCACUUCUGGCGAACCAGAGCAGCGCACGGAAACGCCGUUUCCCUUCCCGCCGGAGCGGUACCUAUUGAUUUACUUGCACUGGUGUGCUUUCGAACUGCUAGGUUGGCAGGAGCAAGGACUGAGCAAUGGGAGCUCACCCCGUCAUUGCGGGGAUUCGAACCGCCGACCUUCUGAUCAGCAAGUCCUAGGCUCUGUGGUUUAACCCACAGCACCACCCGCGUCCCUAAAAUGUGCCUAGUGCCUGGCUAAUUUUGAACGCCGAUUACAUGCGCCGCAGUAGGAAAGCCAAUGAUUUUGGGUCUCUGCAAGUAGGACCAGCGACGCCAGGCCUAACAUACCUUCCAUUAUGGUGAGGAAGCAGGUGUUGGAGGUACCCGGGAUCUUUAGGGCAAGGCUGAGGGGACCUGUGACCCUCCAGAUAUUUCAGGAUUUCAGCUCCCAAUAGCCAAUGAGAAGAGGGCUCUUGCGCCCGAAGGUUUCCCAUCAUGGGCCAGAAAUCCAGCCCGGCUCUUCUUAUUUUUAAAAUUAUUAUUUAUUAAUUUUUUAUGCCGUCUUGUGCUCGUAGAUCUCAAGGCGGUUCACAAAAUAACAUUGCAAUAUAAAGAAAACAGGAAAUACGUAAUAGAAACCAGAACGAAGAUAACCCAAUAACCCCCCCCCAACACAUUUUAAAAGGACAUCUGAUGCCAAUCAGCCCAAGGCCUGAUCAAAGGGGAGACUUGUCGCCUGGUGUUUAAAGGUUGCACUAGGUCGGCCUCCCUGGGGAGAGCAUCCUAUAAAUGAGGAGCCACCACAGAUAAGGCCCCGUUCUUGUGUUGCCACCUUCCAGACCGGACUACUUCUUAUGUAUAAGAAGGAAGCUGACCUGGCUAGUAUAGAGGAAGGCUCUAGAUAGCAGGAUUCUAGGUUUGAAGCCCCUUUGACCUAGGAACUUUUGGACUACAGUUCACAUCUGCGCCCUCGCCAAAAAGGCGGUGUUUGGGAGUUGUAGCCCCAAGCUCCUGGAGGGCGCCAGGUUUUGGGUGUGGCUUAUGACAUCCUCUCUGGGAAUUGGGGUCCAGUGGGUUCCACAACCAGAGCAAUCUGCUUUGGCUUCCUUCUCUGUAUACCUGAGUCGGCCAGCCUCUGUUUAUAAAACCAGACCUCAGCGCCAAGAGGGCCUGAUAAUCUUAUCGCCCUUCAUUGUUUGAGAAAACAAACUUGCUUUGCUCACACAACCGCAGGGGUCACGGGAAGAAGUGGCGGCAGCAGCAGGAAUCUGGAAAUCUGUUUUGGUAACUGGCUGCGUCUCCAUCCCGGGGGAGACGCCUGGUUUUUGUGCCCAUUUCACAGAUCCCUUUGCGUAAGGUAGAGGACUUGGAACUCCCAGAUUUUCCAGAAAGGAAGCCUUGAGAACUAGAUCCGGGAAGAUAAGUUUUCCCAGUGGAUCAGCGGGGAAAGGGGAAGAGUAUUAUGGGGUCUAAUGCAGCUUGGGUGUGCAGCUAGGCAGAAAAAAAGUUGAGGAAACGCGAUUAGAGGUUCCUGGCUGCAGGGCGGUAUCUACUUUAGGGGUGCCCUAUAGCUGGAUCAGGCCCAAGGGGGCCCAUCCUGUUCUCCCAGUGGCCAAGCAUGUCCCCCAUUGGGCAACCCAGAAGCAGGAUCUGACCUCAAGAGUGUUCUCCCCUCCUGUGGUUCCCAGCAGCUGGGAUUCAGAGGAAGGGGGCCGAGAGCAAGAAACUUUGCUCGGCUUUUUUGGGGAGACAGAAGGGGGCCCCCAAUGAAGCAAUAACAGCUAGGAUUCCUGGUUCCCAGGCCUAACCUUCCCCCCUCCCCGUAGAAGGCCUGCUUUAGCCACUAGCUCCUGUCUUGUUGUUUAGUCGUUUAGUCGUGUCUGCCUCUUCGUGACCCCCUGGACCAGGCACUCCUGUCUUCCACUGCCUCCCGCAGUUUGGUCAAACUCAUGCUGGUAGCUUCGAGAACACCGUCCGACCAUCUUGUCCUCUGUCGUCCCCUUCUCCUUGGGCCCUCCAUCUUUCCCAACAUCAGGGUCUUUUCCAGGGAGUCUUCUCUUCUCAUGCGGUGGCCAAAGUCUUGGAGCCUCAGCUUCAGGAUCUGUCCUUCCAGUGAGCACUCAGGGCUGAUUUCCUUCAGAAUGGAGAGGUUUGAUCUCCUUGCAGUCCAUGGGACUCUCCAGAGUCUCCUCCAGCACCAGAAUUCAAAAGCAUCCAUUCUUCGGCGAUCAGCCUUCUUUAUGGUCCAGCUCUCACCUCCAUACAUCACUAUAGUGGUACCUCGGGUUAAAGACUUAAUUCGUUCCGGAGGUCCGUACUUAACCUGAAACUGUUCUUAACCUGAAGCACCACUUUAGCCUAUGGGGCCUCCUGCUGCUGCCGCGCCGCCAGAGCACGAUUUCUGUUCUCAUCCUGAAGCAAAGUUCUUAACCUGAAGCACUAUUUCUGGGUUAGCAGAGUCUGUAACCUGAAGUGUAUGUAACCUGGAGCAUAUGUAACCCGAGGUAGCACCGUACUGGGAAAACUAUAGCUUUAACUAUACGGACCUUUGUUGGCAAGGUGAUGUCUCUGCCUACGCCACCCCUUUCCCUGAACUCUGUCCACCUGCGCUGGUUUCAAUGAAACCCUUUGUUUCGCCUGCUGGUUGGCUGGUGUGUGUCGUCGUCCGUGGCACCUGGGCAGGUCUGCGUGCGCACCUGUCCUGAGGGAGGGGUGAUGUCACCUCCCUCCCCUCCCCCCCCCGUCCGGCGGGGAGGGAGGCAGGAAAGAAGAAAGGGAAAGGGUGCGGCAAAGCCGAGUUGGAUUCCGAUCAAUCCCUAUAUCAACUUUGCCGUGAAAGUGAGCAAGUCCCUUUCCAAAACACUCAGUUUCUCCCAAGUCUUCCUGUUUUCUCUCUCUCUCUCUUCCACUGCCUCCAUUUCCCCCAGAGAAGGACCGAAAAGGUACUCCAGUUCAAAAAUGGCACUGUUAUGGGUGCAACAUAAAACCUGUCUCUCAGUCAGAAGGAAUCGGGUCUUUUUCGUGCAGCAGCACCUAAACUUUGGAACUCUCUGCCUGUUUCUAAAUUAAAUCGAUUGGCCGUUUUCGUUUUUUGAUGUGGCAACUUAGAGCGACUUAGAAUAUUUUAAGCAGAAGGCUUAAAAAGGGAGGGUGUUCCUUACGCAGGGAGCCACAGCGAAAAGGCCGAUUCUUGUGUUGCCAGCCUCCAUCAGACGUUCUCAACCUGUGGGUCCCCAGAUGUUGUUGGACUACAACUCCCAUCAUCCCUAGCUAGCAAGGCCAGAGCUCAGGGAUGAUGGGAGUUGUAGUCGAACAACAUCUGGGGACCCACAGGUUGAGAACCGCUGCUCCAGAUCUCCCAUGAAGGAGCGUCUCCACCCCCACUGUCCAGCCCGGACACUGAGGUCCAGCUCCGAGGGCCUUCUGGCGGUUCCCUCCCUGCGAGAAGUGAGGUCACAGGGAACCAGGCAGAGGGCCUUUUCGGUGGUGGCACCCGCCCUGUGGAACGCCCUCCCACCAGAUGUCAAGGAAAUAAACAACUAGCUGACUUUUCUAAAAGGCAACUGAAAGCAGCCCUGUUUAGGGAGGUUUUGAAUAUUUGAUGUUUUAUCAUGUUUUUAAUAUACUGUUGGGAGCUGCCCAGAGCGGCUGGGGAAACCCAGCUAGAUGGUUGGGGUAUAAAUAAUAUUUUUUUAAAAAAAUAUUAUUAUUAUUGAGGGGGUGGGUACACGAGGGAGGGCUUCAGAGGGAAACCUGGGUUGAUUCAUAUGGGGAGAGGUGGUCCUGAGCUGUUUAAGGCUUUAUACAUCAAAACCAGCACUUUGCAUUGAGCCCAGAAACUAAUUGGCAGCCAGUGAGGUCAGGCCAGAGUUGCUGUUAUAGCUUCAAACCAUCUUGCUCUGAAUCCUGAACCAAUCACAACAAUACAAACACAACACAUAGGCUAAUAGUUGUUGUUGUUUAGUCGUUUUGUCGUGUCCGCCUCUUCGUGACCCCCUGGACCAGAGCACGCCAGGCACUCCUGUCUUCUGCUGCCUCCCGCAGUUUGGUCAAACUCAUGCUGGUAGCUUCGAGAACACUGUCCCACCAUCUCGUCCUCUGUCGUCCCCUUCUCCUUGCGCCCUCCAUCUUUCCCAACAUCAGGGUCUUUUCCAGGGAGUCUUCUCUUCUCAUGAGGUGGCCAAAGUCUUGGAGCCUCAGCUUCAGGAUCUGUCCUUCCAGUGAGCACUCAGGGCUGAUUUCCUUCAGAAUGGAGAGGUUUGAUCUUCUUGCAGUCCAUGGGACUCUCCAGAGUCUCCUCCAGCACCAGAAUUCAAAAGCAUCCAUUCUUCGGCGAUCAGCCUUCUUUAUGGUCCAGCUCUCACUUCCAUACAUCACUACUAAUAGAAUAAUAAAGGUAAAGGUAAAGGUACCCCUGCCCGUAUGGGCCAGUCUUGACAGACUCUAGGGUUGUGCGCUCAUCUCACUCUAGAGGCCAGGAGCCAGCGCUGUCCGCAGACACUUCCGGGUCACGUGGCAAGCGUGACAAGCUGCAUCUGGUGAGCCAGCGCAGCACACGAAACGCCGUUUACCUUCCCGCUGGUAAGCGGUCCCUAUUUAUCUACUUGCACCCGGGGGUGCUUUCGAACUGCUAGGUUGGCAGGCGCUGGGACCGAACGACGGGAGCGCACCCCGCCGCGGGGAUUCGAACCGCCGACCAUGCGAUCGGCAAGUCCUAGGCGCUGAGGUUUUACCCACAGCGCCACCCGCAUAGAAUAAUAGUAUCAUUCAAAUAAUAAUAGAACAAUGGUAUCAUUCAAAUUGUAGGAAUAAGCCAAUCAAAGUUCAUAUGUACAAAAUAACAGUGGUAGCGAAGACCGUGUGUUCAAAACAGAUGUCUAAGGAACAGUCUCACAAUAGUCUUUCAAAAGUUACAACAGAAGACUUCUCAAAAGCUUCAAAAGGACAGUGUCUCUGGAAUGAUACUACUGUUUCGUAAUAGUGUUCAUCAGCUGGAAAUAAGAUACAAGGCAGACAACCGAUGAAUGAUAACCAAACUGAGCUACUUGCAUACACAUUGUGUAAUAAAGCAAAAUAUACAUAAAAAGGCACAUACUUGAUAUUUUCCAACACUAGAUCGUGUAGCUGCUGAUUCUUGCAACACAAUUGCACAGGACAUAUAAAAUAAGCCACAGGUGUUUCCCAUAAUGAUAUACUUAAAGGAACAGUAUAGCAUAUACAGCAUACAAAAACAAACACAGAGUAGACCCAUGAAAAACAAAUAUACGGAGGAAUAGUAUUAAGUGAUUUAAACAUACAGUCAUACCUCGGGUUACAGACGCUUCAGGUUGUGUGUUUUUGGGUCUCACACUGCGCCGAACCUGGAAGUAUCGGAAUGGGUUACUUCCGGGUUUCGGCACUUGCGCAUGUGCAGAAACACUAAAUUGCGCUUUGCGCAUGCACAGAAGCACCGAAUUGCAACCCGUGCGUGCACAGAUGCGGCGCUGCGGGUUGCGAACGUUCCUCCCGCACGGAUCACGUUCACAACCCAAGCGUCCAGUGUACAACAAAUGAUGCAUGCACCAAUUUUAAAAUGAAACAAAGUCAACUUCAGAAUUUAGCAUCCCCCGGAUGAAUUGAUUUGAACAGAAAAAGGGAACGACUUUCUUGUUGACGUAGCCGCCGUUCAAAAUCUUGCCUCAUCCCGAAUUUCUUUUGAUUUACCCAUAAUACUGUAAAUGGUAAAUCUUGUGUCCAAAUGUUUAUGGGAAAUGAAAUGUUUGACCAAAGGCCUUCAUAAUGGAAUUUCGUAUGCGGGAACGAUGUUCCCCAGUGCGAACCCCGGCUGCUCCUGUGGUGGAACCUAUGUGCAAUAAAUUACAUGGACAUCGAAUAAGGUAAACCACAUCUUUAGUUUGGAAUGUUCUGAAUCCUGCAGCAGCUGAAGUUCCCAGACUGUCUUCAGAGGCAGUCCUAUGUGUAGCCCAUUACAGUAAUCUAACCUAAAGGUGACCAGAGCAUAGACAACAUAAGUUAUUAUUAUUAUUACCGUAUUUUUUGCUCUAUAAGACGCACCAGACCACAAGACGCACCUAGUUUUUGGAGGAGGAAAACAAGAAAAAAAUAUUCUGAAUCUCAGAAGCCAGAACAGCAAGAGGGAUUGCUGCGCAGUGAAAGCCGCAAUCCCUCUUGCUGUUCUGGCUUCUGGGAUAGCUGCGCAGCCUGCAUUCGCUCCAUAAGAUGCACACACAUUUCCCCUUACUUUUAGGAGGGAAAAGUGAGUCUUAUAGAGCAAAAGAUACGGUAUUUAUUGAAUUUAUAUACCACUCUAUACCCGGAGGUCUCUGGGCGGUUCACAGAAUAAAACCAAAAUAUAAAACCACAAAAUACAUAAUCAAAAUAAAAACAACAACCCAAUAACCCCCCCAAAAAACCCCACAUUUUAAAAGGGCAUAGGAUCCUCACAACAUUUAAAGUAAGACAAUUAACAAACCUGAAGAGCCACUUGUUGGAAAGACCAUGAUUUCAGGAAUGUUUGCAGCAAAAUUUAUUGCCAACUGAAUUGGCCAGGUGCUUUUCUGAUACAAAGACAUACAGGAACGUAAAAAGCUGUAAAGGUAAAGGGACCCCUGACCAUUAGGUCCAGUCGUGGCUGACUCUGGGGUUGCGGCGCUCAUCUCGCUUUAUUGGCCGAGGGAGCCGGCGUACAGCUUCUGGGUCAUGUGGCCAGCAGGACUAAGCUGCUUCUGUCGAACCAGAGCAGCGCACGGAAACGCCGUUUACCUUCCUGCCGGAGCGGUACCUAUUUAUCUAUUUUAUCUAUUUAUCUGAUGUGCUUUCGAACUGCUAGGUUGGCAGGAGCAGGGACUGAGCAACGGGAGCAAAUGGCUCCGAACUCGUGGCAGCGGCAUCCCCUCACCUGCCACAACCUGGCACUCUCCAGCUCUUUUGGACUACAACUCCCAUCAGCCCCAGCUGGAGAGCACCAGGUUGGGGAAGCCUUGCUAUUCUAUUCAAACACAAACGGUUUCAAAUAUUAGAAGGGAUUCAAUUGCGUUAAUGUUUAUGAUUUACCGUAUUUUUCGCUCUAUAGGACGCACUUUUCCCCCUCCAAAAAUGAAGGGGAAAUGUGUGUGCGUCCUAUGGGGCGACUGCAGGCUUUCGCUGAAGCCUGGAGAGCGAGAGGGGCUGGUGCGCACUGACCCCUCUCACUCUCCAGGCUUCAGGAAGCUCUCCGCAAGCCUUCGGAGCCUGGCGGGAGUUCCUGCCGGGCUCCGAAGGCUUGCGGAUUGCAGCCUGAAGCCCGGGGAGUGCAGUGCCCACUUCCGCUGCACUCCUCGGGCUUCAGGCAGCUAUCCACAAACCUUCGGAGAGCUCCCCCAGCCCACAAGCUUCUGCCAAAGCCGUGCGCAGCCUCUCCUGGCUGGAGAAGUUGUGCGUGGCUAAAGAGGAAGCCAAGACAGCCAGUGGGAUGGAUCCUGCUGACUGUCUUGGCUUCUUUGCACUUUGGGGCUGGGGGGGAAAGAAUUUUUUUCUUUAUUUCCCCCUCUAAAAACUAGGUGCGCCCUAUAGUCCGGUACGCCCUAUGGAGCGAAAAAUACGGGUACUUCUGGAUGGAAAGAUGUACAACCAUGCUUUUCAGGUAGCUUUUUUUAUUUUUAGAAAAAGGGGGGUCCUUUUUGUAAAAUUGCUUCUAAUUAUCAGUGAGACGAGACCGAAUGCUUCGCUUUCCACAAGAUUUAUUUUCAUCUCAUUUCACAAGAUUUAUGCACCGAUUGUAAAAAAACAACAACGCUCAAAGUAAUUUGCAAAAAAGAUUUAAAAUACCAGUACGAAGAAUGAAGAGCACUAAUUUAAGGCUUAUAAAAUAACAACAGGCUAAAAACAGAUUAAAACUCGCAGCAACUUUCUCAACAUCUGAAUAUGCCUGUUUUUAGCAGCGCCGAAAAGCGAACUGCACGGGCGCCUUUCUGAAAUCAAUUGGCAGGGAGUUCCAAAGUUUACUGCCGCACCACACUAAAAGACAAGUGCAAAAUGGCACCUUUAGCACUGUCGGUAGUGACCUUGCAGUGAUUGUGCGAUCUGCCUCAAAUCACCUGAUUUAUAUAAAUUUUUGGCGGGGUGGGGAGAGGAAUCUGUUGACUCUCCCCUUCCCUUUAGAUGCCAGCGCCCCGCUGAGUCACAAAAUGGGGCAGGACUUUUUUGGCUGUGCGGCUGAGCAUUGUGUGGUGGCAGGCAGGCAAGGUGGAAGCCCUCGAUUGCUCCUCUCGGCUCUCUCCGGGAACCCAGGAGUCCGGCGGCGACUCCUACCUUUACGACAGCUCGUUUGCUGAAUCCAUGAAGCGUUAAGCAAGGUGUGGCUUUAUAGGUCCUGCUAGCAAAUGGCUUAGACUUUGAAUCCCUUUUUAACCUACCAGGUUGUUCCUUGGCAAAAAGCCAACGAAAAUCGGGGCCUGGCUUUAGAUCCUGGUGCCCCCCAGCGGCUGCUGGGAGUUGCAAUCCGAAGCAGCUGGGGGGCACCAGGUUUGUGGAAGGGUGGUCCGGGUCAGUCUGCCCCACUCCCUCCAGUACUGUAGAGAUUAACCCCAGUAGAGGGUUCGUGACCCCUAGGAACCUUGCACUGCCAACCUCAGAAUCAUCCACGCCCCCAAUCAAGCGCGAGUCAAUGGGUUUAGCAAACAGUAAAGUCAUUCAUCUUGGGAGAAAAGCAAUGACAAACCUAGACAGCAUCUUAAAAAGUGGAGACAUCACCUUGCCAACAAAGGUCCUUAUAGUUCAAGCCAUGGUUUCCCCAGUAGUGAUGUAUGGAAGUGAGAGCUGGACCAUAAAGAAGGCUGAUGGCCGAAGAAUGGAUGCUUUUGAAUUCUGGUGCUGGAGGAGACUCUUGAGAGUCCCAUGGACUUCAAGAAGAUCAAACCUCUCCAUUCUGAAGGAAACCAGCCCUGAGUGCUCACUGGAAGGACAGAUCCUGAAGCUGAGGCUCCAAGACUUUGGCCACCUCAUGAGAAGAGAAGACUCCCUGGCCAUGACCCUGUUGUGGGGGAGGAUGGGGGGCACAAGGUGACGGGGACGACGGAGGACGAGAUGGUUGGACAGUGUUCUCGAAGCUACCAGCAUGAGUUUGACCAAACUGCGGGAGGCAGUGGAAGACAGGAGGGCCUGGCGUGCUCUGGUCCAGGGGGUCACGAAGAGGCGGACACGACUAAAGGACUCAACAACAACAACAACAAAAGUCAUUAAAGGCUGAAAGCAGGAAGGGCAGAGCUUUUUUGCAGGACCCCCCCAUCAUUCAGUUUGUACAAACAUGACACACACACACACUCACACAUGACAUACGCGAUGCUUCUGUUAUAAAUUCAUAAAAAAUCAGCCGUACAUGGGAUCUGUACCGUUCCACUUUUAUUUUACACCACAAAGGAAGGACUAUGAAAGGGGGGAGAACUGACACAAGGCAGCCAUAAUCCCCCAAGCGCGAGCCCUACCCAGUUGGCAUGCCAACCUUGAUGGUCCUAGACAGAAGAUCAUCACACUCACAAAGGACCCACAUAUGGGGGUGGAUUCAGUACGGACUGAAACAAAGGACAGUGACCAGCCCUUCCCUCUGGGGGCAGGAAACAGUGAACUCCUCUUUGCCCUCAGGAAUGUAAUCAUGGGGAGGGGGAAAGGAGGAAGCGGACAGGUGACAAGACACUCAGGUUACCACCACAACUCCUCCCUCAACCCCUCCUCUUUGUGAUGUGUCAAUGCUGUAGUCAUGAUGUAGUCUUAGGGGUGUAGCAUGGGGGACUAGUAGCUAAUAAAAGUUGGGGUCUUCUUCUGUUUGGGGCUUCCAUCUUGUUUCACCUGGUGGCAGGUGGGAGUCCUGUUGCGACAGUCUUCAAUAAAGACCAAGCCGACUGGCUGCUGUUUUGCUCUGGUAUUCCUGGCUGGGUCCUUGCUUUUUUUGUCCAAGGGAGCCCUCAGAUUUCUCUGUUAACAGCUUCCAACAUUUCUCCGAUGAAAAAUAGGGACGUUUCUCACCCAACUGACCCCCAUUUUUUGUCUCCUGCCCCCUGAGCAGUGGCGUAGCAUGCGGGGGGCACAGGGGCAGAAAAUUCUUAGCGGCGCAAAGUUUUGAUGCCCGGUGCCGCCUCAAUACAUUUGCUUGCGUCCGUCGCUGGGCUCUGUCGGAAAUGGCUUCUCCAGGAAGUAACCUCUGUCCAGACAGCGGAAUGACUCUUCUUUUCUUAUCUCUGCGGCCGCGAUCUCCUGAGUCAAAUGUCCGUAUGUGCUCUGCCUGUUUCCUGCACUUUGCCUUGCCCCGGGCACCAGCAGCCCAGGCUACGCUACUGCCCCUUAGCGUCUCCUAACAGGAUAAGGGCGAGUGCUGCUGCUGCUUUACCAACGGGGCACGACCUCUGCCGUCCUGAGAAAAACCCCUUCAUCGCAAUUUUAUUUUAUUCUUUUUUUUUGUCAAUUUUUUUAUUAGUUUUCACAAUAUUAUAAACAAACGAACAAACACAUAAGACAAACAAACAUAAAUCAUAGCCUUAUUGAAAAUUACACUUAUUAACUUUGUUAAGUGACUUCCUCGCUUCCCCUUGGUUGAAUUUCAUUGCAUGUCCUUUUAACGGUUUUCCAAAUCCCAAUUCUUAUAAAAUUUAAGUUAAACAUUAACAUCCUUAGAUCUUCACCCUAUGGAACUAAACAUAUCAAUUCAUCACUGAACAGAAAUAAAAUCCUAAGCCAGUUAAGUAUCUGCAAGCUGUUUUCAGUUAAUUUGACUUAACAAAUUUAGCUAGAUAAUCAUUAAAUUUAAUCCACUCUUCCUGAUACUCCUCCUCCUUCUGGUUGCGGACUCUUCCGGUUAGGUCGGCUAGCUCCGAAAAAUCCAUCAUCUUCAUCUGCCAUUCUUCUAUCGCUGGUAAUUCUUGGGUUUUCCACUUUUUAGCUAACAAAAUACGGGCAGCAGUUGUGGCAUACAAAAAUAAUUUAACAUCUUUCUUGGGCAAUUCCAAACCUGUUAUUCCAAGAAAAAAGGCCUCUGGUUUCUUUAUAAGUGUAUAUUUCAACAUUUUUUUCAAUUCAUAUAAAUCUUUUCCCAGAGGUCUUUCACCUUGGGACAGGUCCACCACAUAUGAUAAAAGGUUCCUUCCUUUUCUUUACAUUUCCAACAUAUAUUGUCACAGUUAUGCAAUUUUAUUUUACUCUUUGCAAAAAGAAAAGCACGCACCGACGAAUAAAUUUCAGAAAGGGGCAAGAUUAGACCUUGCUGACCCUGGGAGCAAGGUAUACAGACAGCUUUCUGGCUCUGGGACAGGAAGCAAGAAAGUGCCCCACGCUGACUCACAGACCGGAGUCAUGCUUUUAAAUUGCUGCAAAGACCUUUCGUUGAUUUGUUUAACUUCUUGAAACUUGCACGCCUGGUAUUUACCUGGGGAAGGGACGGGCCAUGAGUAAACUCUCCGGUUUCAAACAUUCAAACGGUAGCAGGAAAAGGGCAGGGCUGCAAUUUAUCCUCUCUGACAGAGGAUCAGUGGGGCUUGAGAACCUGGGUGCGCAAAUUACAGCCCAGGGGCCGGAUCCGGCCCAAUCGCCUUCUAAUUCUGGCCUGCGGACGGUCUGGGAAUCAGCAUGUUUUUACAUGAGUAGAAUGUGUGCUUUUAUUUAAAAUGCAUCUCUGGGUUAUUUGUGGGGCAUAGGAAUUCGUUCUCACCCCCCAAAAAAUAUAGUCUUGCCCCCCACAAGGUCUGAGGGACGGUGGACCUGAAAAAGUUUGCUGACCCCUGUUUAAGAAAAUCUGAAGAACUCUGCCAAAGCCCCAUCUAGCCGGGUGUCUGUUUCCCACAGCGGCCAACCAGAUGGCUGUGGGAAGCCCGAAAGCGGGACCCGAGUUCGAGGGCAGGUGCUGCCACACUUAAAGAUUGAUUUCUUACAAGUGUGGAUGAUGUUGCGCCUGUGACAGUUUCAGUUCCGCAGAUUAAAGCAGUCGAGUGGGAAUCUUUGGGGUGAGGCAAUCUCCCUGCUUCAAGGUUUCGCUUCCGUCCUCAUAAAAAGACAUUUGAUGUUUGCGGUGAUUUAUCGGCACACCUCGAUUCCACUCACCCUCGCUACUGGUGCCAUUUCAGCCCUGAAAAAAAAUAGCCACACCUUUUAAAUUUGUGGGUGUGUUGUUUUUUUGAAAAAUAAUUUUUAUUAGUUUUCAGUAACGAUCAUCCAAUAUACGCCUCAUUGUAUCAAUACCAAGUUAUAAUAUCAAUUCCAGUAUCAAUCAGUAAUACCCAAUUACAUAAUUUAAGUGGCUCCCCGCGUGGUAGAAUUGAAGGUUUGAUCAUUUUCUUUAAUUCUGCUCCCAAACCCUUAUUUAAUCCCAUUACAUUCCUAUCGUAAUAACGAUUCAUUAUACAACAGCUGCAGUAUCCUUAACUUCUAUUCAUGUUAACACUUUUCAUAAUUUAUAAGACUGCCAGUAUUAAUAAUCAGAAUAAAUUUGUGGUUUUUAACCUAUUUGCUCUAAUACUGUCUCCAGCUAAGUUUUCACUCCAGAAAUCGAUGGCGCCCAGUGAGUCACACAUCCCUAAAUGUGUCUAUUUUGAAAACGGCAAAUGUUCGCGAUACAACCCAGCUGUUUCUCUUUUUUCAAAACCGUGAAAUAUUUGUGUGCCGGUGCUUAAAGCAGAGAAAAAUGAAAGUGUUUGCUGUGAAUUAAAUCGGUACCUUUAAAAAGCAAGUAAACGAACCCUGGACAGAUUCAAAAAUGAACUUGAAAUCCUUUGCCAGACUUCGGGGAAACAGUGAAUUGUAGCCUUAUUGCAGAGAAGCAUUGCAUUCGCAUUUUCUGAAUCUCCUCCCUUUAUCUUUGCAGCGUCUCGCCAAGCCACCCGGGCACUGAUGGUGGUCUCCCUGGUCCUGGGGGCGAUUGCCAUGGGCGUCGCCACCAUGGGCAUGAAAUGCACCAAUUGCGGGAGCGAGGACAAGGUGACGAAGGCUCGGAUUGCCAUGACAGGAGGCAUAAUCUUCAUGGUUGCAGGUAAGUCGGCCAAGGAAUGGCCUCUUUCCUGCUAUGUGGGCCUAAAAAGAACAGUGGCCGCUGGAUCAGUGCCGGGGGGGGGGGGGUGCCAUUCUCAGCCAGCGCCAAAGGGGAAAAACCCACGAGCAGGAUUCGAACGCAAGCCUACAGCAACCGGGAUUUAGAAGCAUCGCAAUGGCUCUGACUCUGCAGGCAGGACACAGCCUUUGUGACUACGAGCCACCAAUAGCCUUGUCCUCCGUUAAUAAUUUGUCCAGUCCUCUUUUAAAGCCUCCAGUUUGGUGGCCGUCACUGGGGCAGGGAGGUCCAUUCGAAUUCGAAUAUCCUUUAUUAGGCAUAGCAAACCACAUGUUAUCAAACAGACAAAGUUGUGCAAAAUACGAGCUCAACAUAAUGAGGUUUGUCCCGGUCAGAUCUUUAACUCCAGAGGAAAUCAAUUUGCAUAAAUAAUACAACACAGAACUACCACAUCACCGAUCAAUUAAGAGCCACUAAAUCUCUUUAUGGGAUGCGGGUGGCGCUGUGGGUUAAACCACAGAGCCUAGGGCUUGCCGAUCAGAAAGUCGGCAGUUCGAAUCCCUGCAACAGGGUGAGCUCCCAUUGCUCAGUCCCAGCUCCUGCCAACCUAGCAGUCCGAAAGCACAUCAAAGUGCAAGUAGAUAAAUAGGUACCACUCCAGCGGGAAGGCAAACAGCGUUUCCGUGCGCUGCUCUGGUUCGACAGAAGCGGCUUAGUCCUGCUGGCCACAUGACCUGGAAGCUGUACGCCGGCUCCCUCGGCCAAUAAAGCGAGAUGAGCGCCGCAACCCCAGAGUCAGCCACGACUGGACCUCAUGGUCAGGGGUCCCUUUACCUUUACUUAAAUCUCUUUAUAAUGGCCCAGUCUUUCCACAUGGACAGCACUCAAAAAUUCAGCCACUAUUAAAGUAAUUUGAUCGUUCCUGUCCGAAAACAGGUCGUGAACCAUUGGUAGCAUAGAAUUAAGCCUGUUGAGUUGUAAGGCCUCUAAUAAUUGUCUUCUGGCAUAAAUGCCAAAAUCACAAGAAAAGAAGAUAUGCUCCAAAGUAUCAGGUUCCUGUUUACUACAUUUGCAGAGGCGCUCUGUUUCUGGGAGAGCUAAUAUCUUCCUCUUACUACCAUCGAGGGAAACAUAUUAAAUCUGGCUAACAUAAACAGCCUGCACAGUUCAUGGUUCUUGCAGGGAGUUCCAUAGUUUAAACCCUGCGCUGUGUGAAAAAGGACUUUUUUUAUCCGUCCUGAAUUUUCCAGUGUUCAUCUUCAUGCGACGUCCACCAGUUCUGGUGCUAUAGGAGACACUUUCUCUAGGGCAGGCGCCCCCAAACUUGGCCCUCCAGAUGUUUUGGGGGCUACGAUUCCCAUCAUCCUUGACCACCGGUCCUGUUAGCUAGGGAUGAUGGGAGUUGUAGUCCCAAAACAGCUGGAGGACUGAGUUUGGGGGUGCCCACUAUAGGGCACGCAUAAUUUUAUGAAUUCCUAUUGUGUCUCCUCAUGCUCGCUUUUUCUCUAAGCUCGAAAAACCCAAACACUGCAACUUUUCCUCGUAAGUUGAGUCCCUCCACUUCUUAGAUCAUUUUUGUUCCCUUUUCAGAAUCUUUUCCAACUCUACAAUAUCCUUUCUUACGUGAGGCGACCAGAACUGGACUCCAUUCUGGGUCCUGCUGGGUGGUUUGCAGCCCUUGCGAUGUUCUCUAGUUAAUUUCUCUGGAAAGACAUACAGUGGUACCUCUGGUUAAGUACUUAAUUCGUUCCAGAGAUCCGUUCUUAACCUGAAACUGUUCUUAACCUGAAGCACCACUUUAGCUAAUGGGGCCUCCUGCUGCUGCCGCGCCACAGGAGCAUGAUUUCUGUUCUCAUCCUGAAGCAAAGUUCUUAACCCAAGGUACUAUUUCUGGGUUAGCGGAGUCUGUAACCCGAGAUACCACUGUACAGUCGUACCUGUUAAGUCGAACAUCUUGCGAGUCAAACGCCGCAAACCCAGAAAUGAGCCUUCCGGCUUGCAAAUGUUCUUUAGAACCCGAACACCCGACGCGGCUUCCGAUUGGCUACAGGAUCUUCCUGCAGCCAAUCGGAAGCCGCACUUUGGUUUCCGAACGUUUUGGAAGUCGAAUGGUCUUCCGGAAUGGAUUCUGUUCGAUUUCCGAGGUACGACUGUACUUCUGAUAUAAGUCUCCAUCCCAAGCAGACUCCUAACUGAUUUUUUGUAGUGAGAGUCUUGCGCAGACCAGCUCCCAUGCCUGUUAGAAGAUCCCUCGCCUCAUUGCAUCCUUUUCCUGUGCAUUAGCUAACUGCUUCAAUCGGUUGCCGUCCCAAUCAUAAACCCACAUUGCAAAUUGCUGUUUGGGCUAUGAAUGCUGCCCGCAAUGAGCUUGUUAAUUCAAAUAAGGCUUGAUAGGCUCAGUCCCAGCUCAUUCUUGUCCACGCCAAAUGGCGGCAGCUGUAGAGGGUUUCGCACUCGGGGCCUGCUCGGCGGUACCAUCAGGGAAUUGACCCCGAAGCAUUCUCUGUGCAAGGCAUCUGCUCUGCUGCUGCUGCUAAUAAUAAUAAUAAUACUAAUUAUUAUUUAUUAAUUAUUUAUACUCCGCCCAUCUGGCUGGGUUUCCCCAGCCACUCUGGGUGGCUUCCAACAGAAUAUUAAAAACACAAUAAAACAUUAAAAACUUCCCUAAACAGGCCUGCCUUCAGAUGUCUUCUAAAAGUCAGGUAGUUGUUAAUUUCCUUAACAUUUGAUGGGCUGGCGCCACCACUGAGAAGGCCCUCUGCCUGGUUCCCUGUAAGCUCCCUUCUCGCAGGGAGGGAACUGCCAGACGGCCCUCGGAGCUGGACCUCAGUGUCCAGGCUGGACGAUGGGGGUGGAGACGCUCCUUCAGGUCUACUGGGCCUUUGAGGCCGUUUAGGGCUUUCAAGGUCAGCACCAACACUUUGAAUUGUGCUCGGAAACGUACUGGGAGCUGAUGUAGGUCUUUCAGGACCGGUGUUAUGUGGUUUCGGCAGCCGCUCCCAGUCCCCAGUCUGGCUGCCGCAUUCUGGAUUAGUUGCAGUUUCCGGGUCACCUUCAAAGGUAAAGGUAAAGGGACCCCUGACCAUUAGGUCCAGUCGUGGCCGACUCUGGGGUUGCGGUGCUCAUCUCGCUUUAUUGGCCGAGGGAGCCGGCGUACAGCUUCUGGGUCAUGUGGCCAGCAAGACUAAGUCACUUCUGGCGAACCAGAGCAGUGCACGGAAACACCGUUUACCUUCCCGCCGGAGCCGUACCUCUUUAUCUACUUGCACUUUGUGCUUUUGAACUGCUAGGUGGGCAGGAGCAGGGACCAAGCAAUGGGAGCUCACCCCGUCGCGGGGAUUCGAACCGCCGACCUUCUGAUCGGCAAAUCCUAGGCUCUGUGGUUUAACCCACAGUGCCACCCGUGUCCCCCUUCCAAGGUAGCUACAGGUAAAAAGCAUCAGUUAGCCUGGUGAAAAGGAGGGUUGAGCUCUGAACCGCUCUUGCAGGGAAAGCAUCUAUUGAAGGGAGGCUGCAAAUUGGAUCUGUGGAAUGAGGAGAGGCUGUUUGUUUUGGCGGUGGAGAAGCAGCGAUGUUGUCAUACAGGAGGGAAUACCGUGCCCAUCUCAAGGGAGGGCGGCAACAAGCGACUAGAGGAAUCAGUGUUAGAAACUCAGAUAUAUAAGCUAAUCGCUCAACAGCACCUUGAACCUGGGCCAGGGGCGCCACAAUGGAAUGUCUAGGCAGCCCCCCCAAAAUGAAAUUUACCAUUGUUGUUGUUUAGUCAUUUAAUUGUGUCCGCCUCUUCGUGACCCCCUGGACCAGAGCACACCAGGCUCUCCUGUCUUCCACUGCCUCCUGCAGUUUGGUCAAACUCAUGCUGGUAGCUUCGAGAACACUGUCCAACGAUCUCGUCCUCUGUCGUCCCCUUCUCCUUGCGCCCUCCAUCUUUCCCAACAUCAGGGACUUUUCCAGGGACUGUAUUACUAAUUUCAUUCUUACACCACUUUAUAUUUUAAAGUAUCUCAGGGUGGUUUAAAAGGUAAAGGUAAAGGGACCCCUGGACUUUUAAGUCCAGUCAAAGGCGACUCUGGGGUUGUGGUGCUCACCUCACUUUCAGGCCGAGGGAGCCAGCAUUUGUCCGCAGACAGCUUUCCCAGUCAUGCGGCCGGCAGGACUAAACCACUUCUGGCACAACGGGACACUGACAGAAACCAGAGCGCACGGAAAUGCCGUUUACCUUCCUAUUUAUCUACUUGCGCUUGCGUGCUUUCGAACUGCUAGGUUGGAAGGAACUGGGACAGAGCUUGCCCCGUCGCGGGGAUUCGAACCGCCGACCUUCCGAUCGGCAAGCCCAAGAGGCUCCGUGGUUUAGACCACGGCGCCACCCCUUCCUUGCCCCCCGGAGCAACAGGAAACAAGUUUGCGCCAUCUUCCAGGUGGCGGCCCUUCAGAUGUUUGAAGAUGGCUAUCGUAUCUCUUGCCCAACUCCCUCCACCGUUCCUUAUAAGGCAUGGUUUCCAGAGCCUUUUAUCAUCUCAGUUUCCCUCCUCUGCACAUGUUCCAGCUUGUCAACAUCCUUCUUAAACUGGGGAGCCCAGAACUGGACACAGGACUCCACAUGGUGUCCUCCCAAGGCUGAAUAGAACAGUUCCCAAACUCUGGGAACUGUAGUUUCCAGAGUUCCCAGACUCUGGGAACCGUAGCUGUACAAGGCAAAUCUCAGCACCCUUAACAAACUACAUGUCCCUGGAUUCUUUUGGGGGAAGCCAUGACUGUUUAAAGUGGCUUCUGCCAUGUGAGAUGAAUGGGGCAUAAUAAUAAUAAUAAUAAUAAUAAUAAUAAUAAUAAUUUAUUAUUUGUACCCCGCCCAUCUGGCUGGGUUUCCUCAGCCACUCUGGGCGGCUUCCAACAAAGAUUAAAAAUACAUAAGAAGACAUGCACACACUUGAGUAACAUUUAUUUCCACAAACAAUUAGGAUCUUUGAGCAUAAAGGGCUCAAAGAGUCUAUAAAGUCGCAAAUAUCUUUUUCUUUUUUAAAAAACUUCUGGGUAGCAGCUUGUAACAUCCUGAAUGCUGGGGGGAUAAAACUUCCGAGGGUCAUUUGGACGAACUUGCAUGUGGAACUCCCUGCCACAGGAGGCCAACUUGGAUGGGUUUAAAAGAGGACCGGGCAAAUUCAUGGAGGAGGAGCGGGCUAUGGAUGGCGACUAGCCAGGAUGGCUGGGCCCUACCUGCACAGUCAGAGGAAGUGAUGAUGAUUUCUGGAAACUGCAGGAAGGGAGAGGACUCUUGAGUUCGAAUCCUGCUUAUGGGUUUCCCCUAAUAGUCCUCUGGUUGGCCCCUGUGAGAACAGGAUGCUGGACUUGAUGGGCAAUUGGCCUGAUCUAGCAGGUCUCUUCCCAUGUUCUUUAUGAACUGAACUAGCAAAGGAGUCGUGGAAUUGUGGCGUCGGAAGGGACCCGAGGGUCAUCUAGUCCAACCCCCCCCCCCCCGCCCCGUGAAUCUUGAUUUAAAGCAUCCAGAACAGAUUAUGGGUUUCGAACUGAAACUGCUUCCUUUCCCCCCCCAAUUUUUUUUAUUGGUUUUCACAACAUUAUAAACAAACAAACAAACACAUAAGACAAACAAACAUAAAUCAUAGCCUUGUUGAAAAUUACACUUAUUAACAUUAAGUGACUUCCUCGCUUCCCCUUGGUUGAAUUUCAUUGCAUGUCCUUUUAACGGUUUUCCAAAUCACAGUUCUUGUAAAAUUUAACUUCAACAUUAACAUCCUUAGAUCUUCACAUUAUGAAAUUAAACAUAUUAAUUCAUCACUUAACAUAAAUAAAAUCCUAAGCCCAUUAAGUAUCUGCAAGCUGUUUUCAGUUAAUUUAACAUAUUUAACUAAGUAAUCAUUAAAUUUAAUCCACUCUUCCUGAUACUCCUCCUCCUUCUGGUCGCAGACUCUUCCGGUUAGGUUGGCUAGCUCCGAAAAAUCCAUCAUCUUCAUCUGCCAUUCUUCUAUCGUUGGUAAUUCUUGGGUUUUCUACUUUUUACCUAACAAAAUAUGAACGGCUUCCUUUUUAAGCAUGUCGAAGUUGAGCAUGGAACUGUUGAGUUUUCCAGGCUGUUGCUUGAACACCAUGGAGGGGAAAGAAGCUGUUAUAUAAAUUAUUUUCUCCCCCCCCACCUUCCCUCUCCCUCUUUUCCCCCAGGGCUGUGCGCACUCGUUGCUUGUUCGUGGAUCGGGCACCAGACUGUGACGGAUUUCUACAACACCCUGGUGCCAACAAAUGCAAAGUGAGUUUUCCGGUUGAGGCAGGGGUGGGGGGAGAGGAAUGAAUGCAGACCCCAAACCCCACAAGCUCUGGGUGUUAUGUUGUGGGCGAACAUGUCAGACGACACAGCGAUUCUUUAAACAGCUCUUCUUUAUUCAGAUGCCAGAACAGAACUAGGCGGAGGAGCUCAGUAAGCCUGCUUAUAUAGAGCUCCAGAACAAUGCAACUGUUGCCAUUUUCUAAAACUAUCCAAUCACUGAACGUCACUUUUCGAUCCUUCAUUUGCAUAGCUAUCUACAGUAUCCCCCUGCUGGCCCAGGGUGAGAAGUUCAGUAUAUAACACUGGGCUUCUCUGAUUUCUUCACCUCAUCAAAACCUUGCCCACCCACCCAACCCCUAUGCUAAAUAAUCCAGCACAGGGUGGAUUUGAUUUACCGUAUUUUUCACUCUAUAAGACGCACCAGACCACAAGACGCACCUAGUUUUUGGAGGAGGAAAACAGGGGAAAAAAUAUUCUGAAUUACAGAAGCCAGAACAGCAAGAGGGAUCGCUGCGCAGUGAAAGCAGCAAUCCCUCUUCCUGUUCUGGCUUCUGGGAUAGCUGUGCAGCCUGCAUUCGCUCCGUAAGACGCACACACAUUUCCCCUUACUUUUUAGGAGGGAAAAAGUGAGUCUUAUAGAGCAAAAAAUACGGUAAAUCAAAUUGAAGGAGCGUCUCCACCUCCAUCGUUCUGCCCGGACACUGACGUCCAGCUCCGAGGGCCUUCUGGCGGUUCCCUCCCUGCGAGAAGCCAAGUUACAGGGAACCAGGCAGAGGGCCUUCUUGGUGGUGGCGCCCGCCCUGCGGAACGCCCUCCCACCAGAUGUCAAAGAGAAAAACAACUACCAGACUUCUAGAAGACAUCUGAAGGCAGCCCUGUUUAGGGAAGCUCUUAAUGUUUGAUGUAUUACUGUAUUUUAAUAUUUGGUUGGAAGCCGCCCAGAGUGGCUGGGGAAGCCCAGCCAGAUGGGCGGGGUAUAAAUAAAUUAUUAUCAUUAUUAUUAGUAAGACAAAAACAAAAGGAAAAGGCCGCGAAAACGCAAAAUAAAUAGCAAAAACAUACAGACCUCAGCGUAACACUCAAAAUGGGAGUGUGGCACUCAAAACGGAGCACGUUUGGCUUCUGAGAAAAGUUCGCAAACCGGAACACUUACUUCUGGGUUUCCAGUGUUUUGAGUUGUUUGAGUCCCAAGGCACUUAAGAAACCAAGGAACCACUGUAUUGUGCAAUGGCUUUAGUAUAUUUGUACCAAGCCGGGAUUGCAUCUCCCGGUUAUUUAUGCUAGAUGUAUGUGCAUUUUCGAAAACUCCACUUGCUAUAUACCAGGCAGGUGCAAUACCUGUCUUUCCAACACCUAUUUAAGAUCUUCCCUUUUCCAUCAAGCCUUUUAAGUGGUGAUUUUUAUCCCAGUUUGUAUGUGUACUGGAUUUGAAAUUGUUUUUAUUGUUUAAAAUUGCUUUGGAUUGCUCUGUGGGAAACAAUAAAGGUAAAGGGACCCCUGACCUUUAGGUCCAGUCGUGGCCGACUCUGGGGUUGCGGCGCUCAUCUCGCUUUAUUGGCCGAGGGAGCCGGCGUACAGCUUCUGGGUCAUGUGGCCAGCAUGACUAAGCCGCUUCUGGGGAACCAGAGCAGCGCACGGAAACGCCGUUGACCUUCCCGCCGGAGUGGUACCUAUUGAUCUACUUGCACUGGCGUGCUUUUGAACUGCUAGGUUGGCAGGAGCAGGGACCGAGCAACGGGAGCUCACCCCGUCACGGGGAUUCGAACCGCCGACCUUCUGAUCGGCAGGCCCUAGGCUCUGUGGUUUAACCCACAGCGCCACCCGUGUCCCUCUUGUGGGAAACAAUAAAUGAAAUAAAUAAGUUCAAAAAGAAAGAAAAAUGUGUGCAUAAACUGGACCGAUGGAGCAUCUUUACGACUCACCUUUCUCCUCCUUGCAGGUACGAAUUCGGAUACGCCAUUUUCAUCGGCUGGGGGGGCGCUGCCCUGCUGCUCUUAGGGGGCGGGCUCCUCUCCUGCUCCUGCCCCGGGAAGACCGCCUACAGGGGGCGCCAGUACCCCCAGGGGAAGCCCAUCUCCAAACCUCCCAGCUCCAAAGAAUAUGUCUAGCUUUCCUGAUUGACAGUUCCUUCCCCCUUCCCCCCACGCCUAGAAUACCACUGGACCAGAGGCGUGGAAAGACCACCCUGAACUUUUUGGGACGACCUCAGCAACUCCUUCCCCCACCCGAGAGAGGUGUUUUUAAAUGUUUCCUCAGUUCACACCAGAUUUAGUUUUCUUUUUUUACUAAAUAAUGCUAUUUGUUAGCUUGCGAUUUCCCCGUGUAAUUCUUUUGCUAAUGGAUAGGAAUAAUUGUAAGUGAUUAAUGUAAGAUGGUGUAAACACAACACUUCCACGCCGACUUAUUGGAAUGAGGGGCACACACAGAUAAUUUGUUAAUUGAACUCUCUUCUCCACCUACCACCCCCGCAGACUCCCAAAUUAAUAUAAUUUUUUAAAAAGAUUACUCAGGGACAUAUAUAUAGUUGCGACAGACCUAAAAGACAGGACCAAGUUCCCUUAAGUUUGUUUGAAAGCAACUCCUGAACUGGGAAGACUGGUGAAUUCAGCACUUAACUGUGCGUCUGUAUUGGGUCGUUGAACACCAGCAAAUUGAGCUUUAAAACAACGGCUCAUUUCUCCUUGGGGUGUUUACAUCUAUCUGUCGUAUAAGCAUUUAUAUUUUGGGGGGUGGGGAGAAUGAAUGGAGCCCCACUGGAAAAUCCCCAGUGAUAUCUGUAACUGUGUGUAAGUAUGUAGAACAUUCACUUUGGGGCGAGUAGAAAUGGUUUAUACUAGGAAGGCUGUUCUGCAUGGUGGAAAGUGUUGAGGGGGUCAGGAUUUGACCCUAAUUGCUUCGUGUGGCGUUAGAGGCAAGUGUGAAGGUUUGCUUUGCUGCAGAAAUCAUUGGUGGUUCUUCGUGUACACAAAUACCCCUGAUUUUAUACACACACAAAUACACACACACACACACAAAUACACCACCACCCCAUAAAUUUGCUAGGGUUCUGGUGAAAACAUUUGACCACAACCUACAAAGAUACAAUACUCUCGUUCAAGCCAGAGGCCUUUGGAAAAACAACCUGUUUGCCUAUUUCCUAUUACCGAUAUUAAUGGCAAUUCUAGUUUGUUAAUUUCAACCCUUCACUUCACCCCACCGCGAAAAACUUCCCAGUAAACGCCCCCUAAAUCGUGUGUCGGGAACUUUUCUAUACUUGGAGAUAUCUGCUUGCUUUAAUAGAUUUUAAAUACUUGCUUUUAAUUGCAUGGGAAAAGGGGGAGGGAAAAUAUUGCCGGUCUUCAAGAAAGGAGGUAUUCCUAGAUUUUUAAAUGUGGCCUUAUUUAAAGCACUAAGACUCCUUAAGGUUGUGUGCGUGCGCAUAUUUUUUAUUAUUAAUUGUCUUUGUGUUGCUGGGAAUUGAUAUUUUUUUGUACAUAAUAAACAAGAAUGUUUUGGACAAAA